GAUCGGAGCUCGUCACGCUCGGUGAUCCCUCGGAUUUUUCUGACGGCGGCGGAGAAUAGAGUGUUCUCGCGCGGCUUUUCUAUACCAGCUGGAUUUGCACGAAGGUGGGGAAUGUAAUCUGUCGUUCACCAAGUCAAUAUAAAGCCAUUUCACAUGAAGGCGCGAUCACUCGGCAAGAAAGUGAUGCGAAUCGUAUAUUUAGCGUUGUCGGCUCUAGUUGCUUGUCACGUCGCUAAUGCAAGUUACGAGUAUGAACGUUUGAAGGCUCAGAUAGAGUAUAAAAUGCGAGCUCCUUGGAACAGUAAAUAUGACUCUUACGUCGCCUCUUCCGAAUUAAUGCCGCAUUAUUACGAUUCUUACGAGGAUCACUACGCAAGCUCGUCCGAGCGUUUCCCGAACAGCGGCUUCAAGAAGGAACCGAACGAAGACAAAGGCUUCAAGAAAACGAUAUCUUCGUUCUACAUUCCGUUCGUCAACAAGGAUUCCCCGAAGCACAAGGAGCUCAUCCUGAACUCGAGAAACGCGUACUGCCAGGAGAUCAAGAUGAAGUCGGUCGGGUUGCAGGGUGAGCCGCGGCAAGGUAUCACGACGUGUUACAGGUGCAAAGAUCCCAAGACUAAGUCCACGUUCGAGCGCUGCUUAUACAAUAACGAACAGGAAGAGAGCGCGGCCACCGACAAGAAGGUGGAGAGUUUCUUGCCUGAGUCCGUCAACUUUAGACAUCGAAGAUCCAACUCGGACCAGUAUGAGUAUCCUUACCGGUUCGCCGACGAGCACUUCACCGACACCGCGCAAGACGUACCAGCCGCAUACGAAAGCAAGGGAGAAAAAUGCGAGAAGGUCGUGAAGGGUUCUAUGGUGUGCAUGGUAUGCAAGAACGCCAAGACCAACGGCAAGUACGAGCAGUGCUCGUACAUGAAGGAACCACGCGAAAAGGCGUACUCCUAUACGAAAUCCAUUUUUGGAAAACCUCAGGAGCAAAAGAGCGAAAGUAACUCUGAAGAGCCCGAAGAAGGCUCUUACUCUGAGUCCUCGGGUAUCCCAGUAUCCGACAAACGGAGAGAUUAUAAUCCUGUCAAGGAGGAAGCUCACGAAUAUUCCUACCCGAGCGAGCCUCGCUCCAAGAAGACUACCGUGACAAACGAGCAGGACGAGGUGCAGAAUUCGCCUACGACGGGCUGCAAACAGGUGCAGAAGGACUCGAAGACUUGCAUGGUGUGCAAGAACCCGAAGAACGGCGGUACAUACGAGAAAUGUACUUACAGCUAUGAGCCCAGCGAUAAGCUGUACAAGUAUACUAGGUCCAAAAGUUUCGGGUACCCGAAGAAGAGCACGGACUCCUCUCAGGACUCGGGCAAAGUAACCGGCGCGUCGAAGAACUCGGAAUACCCGCGUGGCUCGGACUCCACGCACGAAGACGCUUAUUUCGACAGAUCAGCACCUUCUGCUUACCCACACGAAUCCGGGGAUGAAGUUGCGAAAGACGAGAGUGGCUCCGAUUCAUCACGCGGCUCACCCUACUACAGCGAGUAUUCUAAUCCAGAAGGAUUCAGCGAAGUCGCGUCGAGCGACGAAGAGCAUGAAUCUGUUGAGGAUCGAGCGACGUCACCCUCGAACUACGAGGGAUCCUCCUCAGAACGUCAUUCUGCGAAUAUCGACAAGAAUCACUGCAAGCAGGUCCAAAAAGGUUCCAUGACGUGCAUGGUCUGCAAAGACCCGAAGACCGGCAACGAUUUCGAGGAGUGUUCGUAUUCGUACGAGCCCAAGGAGAAACUUUUCUCUUAUAGCCAGUCCAGCUCAUUCGGCAAUCCAGAAAAUAGCAAGGGAUCUCAGCAGGAGGAAUCUGAAAAGGAGCACCCGGACGAUUCGGAGGUCGUGAAAGAAUCCUACGAACCUUACACGUACGGACCAAGUUACGAGGCCUCGACGAAGGAGGAGACAAAGUCUGAGAACGCGAAAGAACAUGAGGCGGUAGACUCGGGAUAUCUGCAAACCGCGAAGAAGAAGGCGGAGAUCGAAGGAUUCCUGCAGAAUUUCCAGAAGGAAGACCACUCCAAGUGCAAGAAGAUCAUGCGCGACAAGAUGACCUGCUACCAGUGCGUAGACGACGAAGGCUUUCAGAAAGAGGAAUGCGUCUUCGUGACCGGCCAAGAGCCCGAUAAACUCGAGUUCCGCAAGAUCAAGGAGUUCCAGAUGGAUCCCGCGUCGUCAUUCGUGAGCUCGACGAAGAAGAGAAGGGCGAAUCCUCCGCCUCCUCCGUUGGAGCCCGUCGUGGCCGCCAGCAAGAAUUCUUACGUCAGGCUGGAGAAGCCGGACAACGAUUACCCGGACGAAGCGUCGGACACGGCGGAGGAGACCAAGGGUGUCGAGCCCGAUUACACGUCGGAGACGCAGGCCAGAUAUAACAAGGUCCUAGGCAUGACUCUGCCGGCGUAUAUGCACACCACUUCGGAACAUGAGGCGGCGUUCGACGAGCUCGUAGCCUCCAGCCACCGGGAUGAGCGUUAAUCUCGACUCUCGUAGACUUUGUUCACUUGCCUCGUCCUUUCGUAGAUAUCAGGUCACUUUUUAGCGUCGACCUUAAUAGUUAUCAGUAUGAGACGCAAUCGUACACUCUAUACUGUGCUAACAAUUGAGAACAUUAACACUGUACCUUUGUUAUUUAGUUUAUAGGACGCGCUGGAGCACGCGUAAUCUGAAAUUCUCGCGAUAUACUGAACAGAUUCCUGUUGUGAUAAGGCGAAGUCCUACGACUCGCCAUGUCGUAAUUCGUCCAGAAUUUAUGUCGCGUGAUGUUUGAUUGAUGAUAGAGUUGAGUAUCGGACUAUGGUAUUGAAGAAUCAAGAUCACGAGUAGGAUUUUAAUAUCCUAUCGAUUAGUAAUUGCAGUCCCAAUUCGCGUUAUCCUAAUUGAUCGACUUUCGCUCCUAAAUUUGUAUCCUUGAUCCUCAAUACGUGGUCUGAUACAAGCCUUGGGAGGUCUUUUAACCGUCUCUCUCUCCCAUCUUUUCUUGACAUCUCGAAAUAAAGAAUAACGUCACGU